CUGAUCUAACAUAUUGUAUAGUUGGCGUGUCUGCGCGUUUGGGGUCAGCAUGAGCGGGGACUGCACGAGCUACUACAACGCAGAGAAAGUGCUCAUAAAGGAGUUCAUGUGCCCUAAACCGGACAACGAUGCAGGAGCUCUUUUCUGCUGUGGCUUCAAUGACAUGAAAUACUGUUGUGAUGACCCCAACAGUUUUUUCCCAUACGAGUAUGGAUACAUGUGGUGGUUGAGUCUGGGAGCGUUGGUUGGCCUGUCCAUAGCAGCUGUGGUCCUGCUAGCGUUCAUCAUCACUGUCUGUGUCCUGUGCUAUCUGUUCAUUGCGACCAAACCCAGAGGCCUUGACAACGGACUGCCCCUCAUAGCACCAGGUGCUGAACCCAGUCCACGAGAGGGGCCGAGUCGGAGUCACCCCAGUAGCCCCCCUACGGGUCCCCAAGGGUUUAAGAAGCACUUCUUGAGUGGUAAACUGGACUGUGACAACCAGCCUCCAGAUCCAGACCGCCUCUUCCAGAGGUGUUUCAUGGCCACCGUCACCACCAUCAAUGUGGAGGGGUCCUCAUAGACUGGCCUAGGACUCUCAAACCAGUAUAGACUGGGAGGAGAGGAGGAUGGCUGUGUAAGAGCCGGAGAAGAUAGGAGCAUUAAAUCAGACUGACAAUGCAUCUACUACCAGGACUCUCUUUCUCUCUCUUUUUCUCUCUAUUUUUGUCCCCUCUUUAAAGGUCCAAUGCAGCCUUUUACAGUAUAUCUCAAUAUCACAUGAUUUAUGGGUAAUAAUUAAGUAUCUUACUGUGACUGUUUUCAAUUAAAAUGGCCAAAAAUAUGCAAAAAUAGCUUCUUAGCAAAGAGCAAUUUCUCAAGCAAGAUUUUUGCUAGGACUGUCUAGGAGUUGCCUGAGUGGAGAAGGGAACACUGAAAACUAGCUGACAUUGGCAAAGAGGUUUGGAACUCUCUUUCUUAUUGGGCUGUUAACUAAUUUACCGCCUGGUGAUGUCACCAG